AUGGAAGAUGAAAGCCAUAGCAAUUUGCCAAAUGGGUUCACCACAGAAAGCCCUGAAAGCCCUUGCUUAAAGAACAACAAUAACCACAACAACAACAACAAUAGUAGCAGCAAUAACAACAACAAAGAACAAGAUCGCUUUCUCCCCAUAGCCAAUGUUGGUAGAAUCAUGAAAAAAGUGAUCCCAGCCAACGGGAAAAUUUCCAAGGACGCCAAAGAGACCGUUCAAGAAUGCGUAUCGGAGUUCAUUAGCUUUGUCACUGGAGAAGCCUCCGACAAAUGCCAAAGAGAAAAAAGAAAGACCAUCAAUGGUGAUGAUAUCAUUUGGGCCAUCACAACCCUAGGGUUUGAGGAUUAUGUGGAACCAUUAAAAUCCUAUCUCCAAAAAUAUAGAGACAUAGAAGGAGAAAAGCUUAAUGUUCCAAAGCAACAACGUUCUGAACAAAGGCUACACCAUCAGCAUCAGCAUCAGCAUCAACAACACCAUCAUCAUAACCAAGAUGAAACUAAUCAAACACUAAAUAGUGUAUAUACUUCUGCAAAUCUCAUUUCUCAUCAACCUCCUUAUGUAGCCACGGAUCAACCAUUUUCAUUGCCGUUUUCACCAAAUUCAAUUCAGAAACAGUUACGACCUCAAGAUCAGAUUGAUUCCGUGGGGCAUUGGUACGAGUAA